AUGCAGAGGCAUCAUGGCAUUGUAGGCAAUAUUCAGAAUUCGACACGGCACUUUUUAUCACAUCAUCUUCUAUCAGAGCAGAUUACAGCGACCAACUACAUCUUCCACAGUCCACUUACCCUUUGGCCUCACUCUUGUCUAGUACUCAAUGCUGAUCAAGUCCAUAUAUGGGGUGCUGGUCCAGUCCGAACGUGUCACACUUUGUCCGCCAGUGUGAUAGUGGACGGAGACAGAAUUGUUACUUCUGCAGCACCUGUGGCAGUCGGAUUCUACAUGCGCAAAUCAUAG